UGAAUUUAUUAUCUAGUUUAUUUAAAAUAUUUUCAAUUUUAUCAGUGUUUGGAUUCACAUUCCAGCCUUACUUUGUUCAAGAUGAUUUCAAAAUAUUUAUAAUACAAAUGUUGUAAAAAUGGACAGCGCUCCAUUGGUCAAUGGUACUAAGGACGAGCCUUUGAUUCGUCCCUGCAACCAACCAGCGUUCAAUCAACACUGUGAAUACGCAAUCAAGAAACCACCAGGUUUAAUAUCGAAUCUAAGAAGAUCCAGCAACUUGACUAUCUGGAGUUGUUUCACUUACAUGUUUCCUGUGUUAAACUGGCUGCCAAAAUACAAUGUGAAAGAAGAUUUUGUAUCUGAUGUUAUUUCAGGAUUUACUGUGGCUGUUAUGCACAUCCCGCAAGGGAUGGCCUAUUCUAGCCUUGCUGGUGUACCGCCCAUUGUGGGCCUGUACAUGGCAUUUUUCCCUGUCCUGGCUUACUUCUUUCUGGGAUCGUCGCGGCAUGUUUCCAUGGGGACAUUUGCGAUUGUAUGUAUGAUGGCUGGUAAGCCAGUGAUGAAGUACUCUACGUCACCUGAUCACCCAGUAGCUACCGACUUAUCAGAACAAAGCUACACACCAUUGGAGGUGGCUACCAUUGUUUGUUUGGUUGUAGGCAUAUGGCAGGUAGUACUCGGAAUUUUUAGACUCGGAUCAUUGAGUGUGCUCAUGUCCGAUACGUUGGUCAGCGGGUUCACCACGGGAGCAGCUGUCUUGGUGUUUUGUUCCCAGAUAAAGCACGUGUUUGGGAUCAAGCUGCCCCGACGGUCCGGCCAUCUGAAGCUUAUUUAUACAUGCAUGGACUUGUUCGAAAAUAUUGACAAAACUAACCCCUUAGCUGUCGUCAUGACAUUCAGUGUGAUAGCGAUGCUAAUCACAUACUUCCAAUUCAUAAAGCCUAAACUUCAUCCCUUUCUGAGAAAUGUGGUGCCAAUGGAGUUGAUAGUGAUCAUGAUAGGAACCUUCGUGUCAUACUACUUCAACCUCCAAGACACUUACAAUUUAUCCACCAUUGGACUGAUUCCUACUGGGUUACCAACGCCUGCAAUGCCACCCGUCCGGUUAAUCCUAGAUGUGGGCAUCGACGGGUUGGUGAUUGCCAUCGUUGCCUUUUCCAUUAACAUUUCGAUGGCUACCUUAUUUGCCAAGAAAGAACAUUACAAAGUGGACGCCAACCAAGAAUUGAUUGCCUCUGGAGUGGGUAACAUCGUAGGAUCAUUCUUUUCGUGCCUUCCAUUCGCUGCCUCGCUGUCUCGAAGUCUCAUACAACAUGGAGUCGGGGGCAAAACUCAGGUCGCCAGUUUAGUCUCCUGUGCUUGUAUCGCCCUGGUUCUGAUUUUCAUUGGACCUUCCUUUGAGACACUUCCUCACUGUGUUCUCGCAGGAAUUAUAUUAUUCGCACUGAAAGGUAUGCUGAAGCAGGUGAAAGAUUUCCCACCAGCGUGGCGACGUUCCCGAAGGGAUGGAGCUAUUUGGUUGAUCACCUUCUUCGCCGUUAUCUUGAUUGAUGUUGAUGUUGGGCUGGUACUUGGAAUCAUCGUGUCUCUUGUUGUGAUAAUAAUGAUGAGCCAAUCCCCCUAUGUCAACAAGCUUGGCAAACUACCAAAUACAGACUUGUUUCUUGAAAGUGAUAGAUAUAAUAAGGUAAUCCCAAUUCCAAAUACACUGAUUAUCCGAAUUUGUGGCGGCCUUCACUUUGCUAACAAGUCAAAUGUGAGGAGAAAAAUUGACAAGAUGCUGAAGAAAAGUAUUGCCGCUACAGCACCUGAGAGUCCAAUUACAAAACUUGUCAUCGAUAUGUCCUCUGUAACAUUUAUUGAUCCAGCAUCAACAAUGGCCUUUUUAGCAUUGAAGACAGAUCUUCAACUAAAGAACAUAACCCUCAUUCUCGCAAGCUGCUCAAGUCACGUAUAUGAACAGCUGAGGAGGGCCGAAUUCUUUCUUCAAUAUCCAGAGGAGACUAUGUUCCCAACAGUGUCUGAUGCUGUAAGUUCUUGAACAACGUGACUGGUGUUUUGUGUGUAUUUAGUGAAUUAGUGUGUGUUAUGUUAAUUAUAACUUUACAGUAAAACCUCUGUAAACGUCACCUGCAGGACCACGGGUUGAUAGAGGUUCAACUGAAUAGGAGAGUCGUUUUUGCGUAUAGCUCCGUAUUUCGCAUGUACACUGCAACAAGGUGGCUCACCAUUUUCUCAUCAUUGGUGAACAGAAUGGAACCAUUUACAGCUCCGUAGCUGACGUGUACGCUUUGCUGUGGGUUUAGAAAGUUUUUUAAAAUAUUGAAUCUCCCGCUACAUGCGAGAUUAAGUAAGUGAUAAAGUUUUUUACCACAAGAAACAUAUCCGAUGCCGACAUUAAUCGCCAGAUAUCUAAAAGUUAUGGUCCUAAUGCAAUGAGUGAGAGUAAAGUUCAGAAAUGGGUUAGGGAGUGUACCAAUGGCUGUGAAAACCCUUUUCCUUUAUGAUCUUAUGUGAUAAGUCUGGGUACCCAUCAAAAACACAAUUCCUUCCAAAAUGGACAUUUUCCUAAACCCCUAACAUCUUUCUGCACUUUACCACUCAUUGCAUUAGGGCUAUAAACUUGGCGAUGAAUGUCUGCAACCAAUAUGUUGCUUGCAGUAAACAAAAUAUCACCAACCUUAACUGGCAUGCAGCGGGAGAUUCAAUAAUUUUAAAAAUGUUCUAGACACACAGCAAAGUGGACACAUCAGCUACAGAGAUGCAAAUGGCGCCAUUCUGUUCACAAAUAAAGUCAGUAAGCGGUGAGGAGCCUUGCUGCAGCAUACAUGUGAACUAUACACACAACAUACGGGGGCAUACGGGGGUAGGGGGUUGUACCCUUGAUUAAAAAACCACCUCGUACUAUUUCUUGUUUCAAUCAACCUUAAUUCUGUACAACUGGCCAAACAAAUCAGGUUUUAAUUGGCAAAAAGCAAUAUCGCUAUCCCAUGCAUGUUGGUUUUUAUAGACUUGACUAACUUUGUAAAGGAAAUUUUAAAUUAUACAUAAAAUAAAUUUUUGCUAGUGAUGUAGGGUUGUGGUUGUUUUAAACCAAGAACUGUAUUUUACUUAACAGUAUUUUAGUUUUUUAAUGUACUUAAUCUAAGACUGAGAACUAAGCAUGAAUAUAUAAUAUUUAUAUAAAUGUAUUUGUAUGUAUGUGUAAAAGAAUCACACAAAGAAAACA